ACACAUUUUAAGUUUGGAUAAUUGACAAAAUGGUGGUAAAAAUUAUCAUCAUCGGAGCUGGGGUUGGUGGUACAGCAGCAGCUGCUAGACUUAGCAAAAAAGGAUUUCAAGUAGAAAUUUAUGAAAAGAACGCAUAUAAUGGUGGAAGAUGUUCACUCAUUUAUCAAAAUGGACAUCGGUUCGAUCAAGGACCAUCAUUAUAUUUGAUGCCCAAGAUAUUUGAAGAAACAUUUGAAGAUUUGGGAGAGGAUAUUAAAAAUCAUAUAGAGUUACUAAAGUGUCCUUCUAAUUACAGCGUAUAUUUUCACGACGGCGAAACAUUCGAACUCACCACAGAUAUAUCGAAAUUAUCUCGUUCUUUGGAAAAAUAUGAAGGUGAUGGUGAAUCGACAUUAAUUAAUUUUUUGAGUUAUUUAAAGGAAACUCAUGUACACUAUCAAAGGAGCGUCAAAGUUGCACUCAAGACCGAUUUCCAACAUUGGUAUGAUUUUUUUAAUCCGAAACAUAUACCGGACGUAAUACAACUGCAUUUAUUGGACACUGUUUACAACAGAGUUUGUAAAUAUUUCAAAAGCGACUACAUGAGAAAGGCGUUUUCAUUCCAGACAAUGUACUUGGGAAUGUCACCGUAUGAUGGUUUGGCACCCUAUACUUUAUUGCAGUACACUGAAAUAGCAGAAGAAAUUUGGUAUCCGAAAGGAGGUUUUAACAAAGUUUUACAGAGUCUGGAAAACAUUGCUGUAGAACAUGGGGCCAAGUUCAAUUAUAACACCGACGUACAAGAAAUAAUAGUCGACGACAACGGAGUGGCGAAAGGAAUUAAAUUGGUAAACGGCGAUGUAGUAAAUAGUGACAUUGUAAUUUGUAAUGCAGAUCUCAUAUAUGCGUACAACAAACUGUUGCCAAAAACGUCAUACGCUGAAAAACUCGGCAAAAAAGAACUUACCUCUUCUUCGAUAUCGUUUUAUUGGUCCAUGAAAACUAUUGUGUCUGAAUUGAAAGUACACAACAUAUUUUUGGCCGAAAAAUAUAAACAAAGUUUUGAUCAAAUAUUCAAGGAUCAUACGCUGCCCGACGAACCAUCGUUUUACGUUAACGUACCUAGUCGUAUCGAUCCGACAGCAGCACCAGAAGGAAAAGACACGGUCGUAGUUUUAGUACCAGUGGGACAUAUAUCGAAUGUACCAAAUAUUGAUUUUGAUCAACUUGUGAAGAGAGCUAGGGAACAAAUAAUCGAAACAAUAGAAAAAAGAUUAAAAAUAUCCAACUUCAGAAAUUUGAUCGAACACGAGAUAAUAAAUGAUCCGAGAACGUGGCAAAACGAAUUUAAUUUAUGGAAAGGGUCUAUACUGGGAUUGUCUCAUUCAUUAUUUCAGGUUUUAUGGUUCAGACCCAGUUUGAAAUGUAAAAUAUUUGAAAACUUGUACUUUGUCGGUGCUUCGGUACAGCCUGGCACUGGUGUACCAAUAGUUUUAUGUGGUGCAAAAAUGCUAGAAAAACAACUUUGUGAUAGAUUUUUAGAGGGUAAAGUUGAAGUAAACAUGAUAUGGUCAAAGUGUGUUUCAUUUUUAAUCGGUCUCGUAGCACUUCUGAUUUUUUGGUUUUUUUUCAAAUUUUAAUAAUGAACAAUGUAUGCACUAUGUAUUAUGUGUAUAUACAUUUUAAACGUUUAUCACUUUAUUA